AUGGAAACAGAUGACAUCCUUGUUGGUGUUUGUAUGACGAGUGAGUCAUACAGUUGUAAUGAUGGAAGAAGUGACACCAUGUUGGGUUUUACUGUCAUCAAUCCAUUCACAACAACACUGGCCUAUCUUAGAUGUCAGAUGAUACAACAGUUAGAAGCGCUUCCCACUGACUAUAAAUUCCUUACCUGUAGAGGCUGGCCUGUCAGUGUCAAUCAAGAGACAGCACUUUUUGUUAGUCAAGUUAUUGAUAAAGAUGCUAUUAUUGAAGUCAGCAAUCCUUCUUUACAAGACUCCAAUUUUAUUUUCCUUGACCGGAAUUUAUGGCCAGUUGGCAGAGAUCAAGAGAGGUUUUUAACCGUUCUAGACAUUCUUAAUGGGGUUGUGGUUCAGGUACGCAUUAUUACAGAUGCAUCGGCCGAAUCUGAUGACACUCUUAUAAUCAGUGAUGUCACUGAAUCUACGUCACCACCGGCUGCUAAAAAAUUUAAAAGGUCCAGUCCUGUUUAUGGUCAUUCCUCAGUAUCGCCGCUUAAAAUGGUGACGUUUAAAGAAAAUAACGUUGGUAAAGAUGGAAUGAGUACGCCUAAGUCUGCACAAAUUGCUAAACAGAUGUUGAUAAGUUACGUCAGACAAGAAGCGGCUCAUCAUGCAUUGGCUUUGAAAACAGCACUAGAGAAGCUCGGAUUCAGCGUCUAUCUGGAUGUUCACGAGAUUACAUGUGGAGCUGAUUGGCAAGACUCUUUGAAUUACGCCGUCAGUAAUUGUGAAGUCUUUGUUCCCUUAGUUACCCCUAGAUAUGGAGAAACACAGUGGACAAACAGAGAGGUGAAAUUAGCUGAUGUUCUUGGGAAGCUCAUUGUCCCGGUUAGUUUUCUUUCAAAAUGGCCACCUCCUUGUCUCGCCAUUCAGUUUGCUACUACUCAAUAUGUACGCUGGAAAACCAGGGAUGAAAUCAGACAAGCUGUGGAACGGGGAGAUGGUGAUAAAGCAUCAGAUAUCAAAUACUGGGAAUCCAGCUAUAUCGAAAGGGUUGCUAAGGCGAUAGGUGACUAUUGCAAAAGUGAAUUCAAGAAACUGAAAUUUUAUGGUGCAACAAAAGGACUAAGUAGAAAGGUGUCUAUGUUAAAAAGUUAUGCAGCCAGUCUUCCAGAAAGUGCUAAUGAUUUAGCUGCAAUAACGCAAGAUAGAGAGGGUAAACCAUUGGUUGUUGUUAGUCUACACCCUGACCAGAAAGACUAUGCAUUUAAAAUAAGAAUUCUUCUGGAAGCUGAUGGACAUGAGGUGUGGUGUUCUACUGAUAUGUUUGAUGCAAAUACUACUUUGAAAUACCGAUUGGAUGCGUUACCACGUAGUGCCAGUGAUGAUUACAGCGGUCCAAGUCUAUCUGGGCUUUCACAGAGUUCUAAUGAAGACACCACAGAGUCUUCUCAAAGAAGUAUGUUCCAAGAGAAAGCUGAUGAAGCUGGUGUUGUUGUCUUUGUACUUUCCAAAUCCUUUGCUGAAUCUCAAACUUGUCAACAACAGGUAUUUUACUGUGAACACAGAAAAAGAGUCGUCCCUUUGAAAUAUGAAGACUUCGCUAUGCCAGGUUGGAUGAGUAUGUUGAUUGGUACAAGUACAUUUGAAGAUUUCCGACGUGAUGGUUAUGCGGAAUCAUUAAGAGCUCGGGUGAAAAAAGCGUUAGAUCCAAAAUUGAGGGAUAGCUAUGAUGAUGAACUUAAAGAAACCAAAAUAAAUGUACAUAUUAACUGCAUAAAAAGAAGUUUACCAAAAGAUGGUAAUUUUGUGUAUAUAUCUGGUGGAACUAAGUUUUUCUGGGAUAAAUCGGAAGCAAUUUGCAAGGCUAUUGGGAAAUCUCUGGCAGAAGAUGAUUGCAAUGUCCUGGUAACUGGUGGUUUCUAUGGUGUUGGGGAAACAGUUGCUAGGAGCUUCCUAGAGAGAAGAAUUUCUUUGGGAAAAGAAGAAAAUGUGUGGCACAUUCUUCCGACAAAAGAUGACCAGGAUCGACGCUUACAAGGAAGGCAAAAUGAAAACAGGACAUUUCAAACAAUUCCUUUUGGGCAAACACUGUUUAGUGGAGAAAGUGUGCGUCAACGCGAAUCUGUUGUUGCAAGAGUCUUUGAUAUAUGCAUUCUAGUAGAAGGAGGUCCUGGUGCAGCUCAUGAAGCUGAAGAGUUUGCAUGGAAUGACCACACAGUCAUACCCAUCAAAUGUACUGGUGGUGCUGCUGGUGGAAAGUUCAAUGUUCCAAGCAAGAUAUUUGAGGUUCCCAGUGGAGUCAAAAUUGAAGACUGGCAGUUGCUGGGUAACCAGGGUGUUAGCCCAGCUGAGAUUGGAGAGGCAGCUGCUCGGGUUGUCAACCAAAUUCAGAACUGUCCAGCCAAGAGAAUGUUGAAUUGCAACCCUGAGAGUAGAAUGUUGAAGUCUCGUAUGACAAUCAUUCCGCCACAACCACCGUCCCCAACUUUCUCAAAAGCCAAAAAGCGUGUAUUUAAUGAGUAAGAUGUGUAACUGUGAAAAGUUCAUAAUGUUAACACAUUGCUCAUUAUCAUGGUUUUAUACCAUUUAUAAUGGCUAUCUAGAGAGGUUUUCAGCAGGUCAGGCAUUAAUGUGAUGUCAGGCUGGCAUAAAUGCUCAUUUAAUGUAAUUUAAUAUAAACUGCUUUCAAUUAAUUUUACGAGAGCCAAAUUUUUUGCAAGUGAAUGGCAUCCAUUUACCAACAAACUAG